AUGGUUCUGCUACCCAAAGGGGGGCUGACCUGGACGUCAGCGAAGGCUCAGAUACCUCCAACAAGAGCUAUUUGGGUUUUCUUGUCGCGAACAAGAUUCCUAUUGUUUGUUGCCCUGACAGGCAUUGCGUUGCUAAUAUGGAGGGGAAUUCGUACAUCUGCGUCUGAGAUGCAAAGAUUCUACUGCUGGGGACCAUCAAAACCUCCUAUGUUAAUGACUCCAAAUGAGGCAGUAGACUGGAACGCCCAUCUACAAACACCAAUAAUAUUCAAUCACCACGAGCCUCUUGUGAUAAAUGAAUCUUCCAUUAGAAGAAUAGAUCUUAAUCCCAUAAAAUCAACUCCUAAAGCAGUUAUGAACGAAGAGCGAAUCUUAAUCUUAACACCGCUUCGAGACGCCGCAUCUUACUUGCCCAAAUACUUUGACCUUCUAUCUGAAUUAUCAUACCCACAUCAUUUGAUUGAUCUCGGAUUUCUUGUCGGAGAUUCGACAGAUGAUACUCUCGCUGUUCUUUCGGCUGAACUACAACGUAUACAAAAAAAGAGCGAUACAUUAAGCGAACCAUUUCAUAGUGCCCUUAUCAUUGAAAAAAGCUUUGGAACUAGAACAGCACAAAACGUAGAAGAACGUCACGGCUUUGCAGCGCAAGGUCCAAGGAGGAAAAUAAUGGCAAGAGCUAGGAAUUAUUUAAUGACUGCAGCCCUCAAGCCUGAGCAUUCUUGGGUCUAUUGGAGAGAUGUAGAUAUAGUUGAUAGUCCCAAGAAUAUCCUCGAAGAUCUCGUCGCACACGAUAGGGAUAUCAUCGUUCCGAAUAUCUGGUUUCACCGAUAUAAAGACGGCAAGGAUAUCGAAGGAAGAUUCGACUACAAUUCCUGGAUUGAGUCAGAUAAAGCUCUCCGACUGGCGAGCUCACUACCCAAGGAUACAAUUAUUGUGGAAGGAUAUAAAGAAUUUGAUACUGGUCGAACAUAUAUGGCAAAAAUGGGAGAUUGGAGAAACAAUAAAGAUGAAGAAGUUGAGCUUGAUGGGAUCGGAGGAGUCAAUAUCAUAGUCAAAGCUGACGUCCACCGAUCAGGCAUCAAUUUUCCUUGUUAUGCAUUUGAGAAUCAAGCAGAAACUGAAGGUUUCGCUAAAAUGGCGAAACGGGCCGGGUACGAAGUAAUCGGACUGCCAAACUAUGUGGUCUGGCAUAUAGACACAGAAGAAAAGCCUGGAAACUCAUUAUGA